AUGGACCACCACUACCAGGUCCCUCAAAAUUCUCUCCCAAAGAUGACCAUGACCCCAACCCUACACAAAAAUGUAAAACGACGGAUUUCUUUUGAUAUCUGGUUGUCAGAGCGUUAUCAUACAGUUCAUCCAGAACCAGAACCAGAACCAGAACCAGAAUCAGAAGGGUUUCCUAGCCGGAAAGACAUACAUAUGCAGCACCUUUGGUCAUCGAUGGCCGUCCCUCAGCCUAAUCCCAUACUCGUACCUCCCCAAGAGGCUUAUCGCCCUCCACGACCUCCUAAGACCGACACUUCACAUCUGAAACUACGAGCAAGAUCCUCUCAGCUGUCGGUUGCUGCGCGUCCGUCUUCCAAACGAAAAAGGAUCGCACUUGAAAUUCUUCGGCACGAGGAAGACGCCUCGGAGGGCUGUCCCUCGGAGGCUGGUUCUCAAAGCACUUGCUGUAGCAGUUGUCCAGAUAGCCCUCCUUGUGCAGAACCCGAUUGCAACUUGGUAGUACCUUGCACCGAGGAAACGUGUGACGUGCCUUUCUGUACGGAUCCAUGUCUGGACGCCAACACCUGCACCCAACUAUCCAUUUCGGAUCAAAAUAUAAGACUCAAGGAUUGGAAUGACUCGGUUUUGACUCCUCAGUCACCUAGACCAAUCUCUCACCAAGGCAGAACGUCUAAUGGAGAUGUUAUUCAUCCAACUCUCGGAGGCUUCGGCCGUCCUGAGCAUGCAGCUGCAAAUUUGCCGUGGCCAAACCCUCCAUCUAUGGUGAACGGCAGCUUACAGGCUCAUUAUCCUCCAUAUACAUCACAUCAUGUCCCUCAGCCGAAUAUUUACCCAUCAACAUAUGGCACCGAAGUGCAGUCUGGCGUCGGUGCCGUGUUCCGCCCUUCGAUGGAUCCUUUCAACGAACAGUCGUCUGACGUACCAAACAGCGACAAUAGUUCCUUCAACUUCAGUUGUCGUUGGGAUGGAUGCGAGCAGGCAUCAUUUCCAAGUCAAGCUGAUUGGUUUCCACACUUUCACCAAGACCAUCUUGAUCCUCAAUUGAGGUUUGUCUGUCCUAUAUCAGGGCAGGAUAUCCCGCUAGAUAAUGGACUCAGCAUGGUUGAUCACUUAGAGAAUGGCCAUGGCUACAGCUUCAUGGACGAGAAAUCCUUCAGCUGUCCAGGUGUAACAUGCGACCCAACGGAGAAAUACUGCGACCCAUCGCGACUUCACAACCACUUCGAUCAUGCCCAUGCCAUGCCGACCGGUGGCAUGCUUUCAUGCCGACUGGACACGUGUCAGGCUCGUCUCCCAGACCAAGCUACAUUUAUUAGCCACAUGAAUGAGUCUCACAAUUUGGCUAUCCCAUUCCCAAGCAUAGAUAAUAUUAAUCUCCCGCAAAGCAGCGUGCUAUCUAAUGACUCUAUACCUAAGAAUGAAAAGCCAGACCACGGCAGAGCUCAUUGUUGCAAGUGGGUGAACGGACAUACUAUUUGUGAAAAGAUGUGUACUUCUGAAAUGGAUUUACAGAAUCAUAUCGCAAACGAUCACCUGACUACGUUGGAUAAAUACUCUGGAUAUUAUUGCCACUGGCAUAAUUGUGGCCGCCGUGAGAAGAGGACAGCGGACGCAGGCUUCUCGCAAAGAGGAAAGCUAGAAAGGCAUAUGGCGACCCAUACGGGCUAUAAAUGUGCAACGUGUGACAUUUGCGGCCAGAACUUUUCCGCCGAGCAAUCUAUGAAACAGCAUAAAUUGCUUCACACCGGAACCAAGCCAUGGCAGUGCAGAUACUGCUCCAAGUCAUUUCCACAACAAAGUGCAUGUACUAUCCAUGAGCGAACACACACAAAAUCCAAGCCAUUAAAAUGCAACAUCUGUGGGAAAGCAUUCUCUGAAUCCUCUAAUCUAUCGAAGCAUCGCAAAAUCCAUGGCGAGAAGGGCACGCAUGCCUGUGGAUACGGGACAUGUGCCAAGUCUUUCCAUAGGCUGGACCAGUUGAAACGGCAUCAGAUCGUACACAAGCGUGCUGAGGAGAAGAUGGACAAAGGAAGAGGAAGUCCCCUUGAAUCGGAAUCUGAGUUUGGAAUUACUAAGACAGAGAGUGAGUUUGGAAGUGAGGAGUGA